UUACUGACGUUUUGUUAUUUCGUAAAAACGUCAUUACUUUUAGAGUGUGCUCGUGUAAGAAUGUUGAUAAACUUUUAUUACAAAAUCUUACAGUAAAUAUAUGAAAAUUGAUAUCUAUUCAAAAAAUAAAGUGAGUGAAUUGACAUGAAACAAUUAUCUACUUGAGUUAUCGAAAACAACGCACCAGCCAUCAGCAAGAGAUCGUGAUCGUGAUUGACUGCACAUAUAUAUUCGCCACGUAUGUAGAUAUUUCAUUAAUAUGGAGGUAAAUUGAACAUUGUUUUCAAACGAAUUUUAAAAUAGCAAAUGUAGUAUCGGAAAGUUUCGAAAGAAAGUCAACAAAUGACCUUGAAUCAUGUUUUGAGUGAUUGUUGCACCUCGUAGUGCGAUCUGUCAGACAUUCGUGUUUUUAGAUUAAUUUAUUUAUUUGAUCCAUUUUCGAUAAUUUAUUUACACAAGAUUUUUUUGGAUCAUUGGAUUUGUUAUAUUUUGUGGAAGAAAUGAAUAAAUUAUGAAUAAUAACGAACGAUUUAUACAUUAAUGUUUAUUUGGCAGGCUUUGUUUCAAGUGCACACUUUAAUAAUUACUACAAAAUCUUUCUUUUUGUCUUCCACAUUAUAUUUGUGUAAGAAAAACAAACAAAGAUGAGUUGUGUUCGUUGCUGUGUCAUCAAUGCUGGUCGUAUUGCAUCUUCAAAUCAUGUAACAAAUCAUGUUCACAAAAUUGUGAGAGUUGCUGUUAUUAGAUCAUUAACAAUUGGUAAUACUUUGGGAAAAGCACCCAGUGAACCCACUCCACCUGGUAAAGAUAAUAAUAGUGGUGUAUCCUCUGUUGGAAAUGGUGGAGGAAAGAAAAAUACUCUUACUUGUCCAAAAUGUGGUGAUCCUUGCACACAUGUAGAAACUUUUGUAUCAUCAACAAGAUUCGUUAAAUGUGAAAAAUGCCAUCACUUUUUUGUUGUAUUAUCAGAGGUAGACUCAAAAAGAAGCCUUAAGGAAGCUUUAAGACCAGAUGAUACCAAACAAGGAUUUUACAGGAAACCUCCACCACCACCAAAAAAAAUUUUUGAAUACCUAAACAAGCAUGUUAUAGGUCAAGAAUAUGCUAAAAAAGUUCUAAGUGUUGCUGUUUAUAAUCACUAUAAACGAAUCUACAAUAACUUUCCAGUACAAAAUUCAAUGCAAAGUUCUAUUAAUACAACUGGUUCACAAGAUUUAAAUCAUCCUUUCACACAUAGAGGUCUUAAACCACAUUUAUUACACAUUUCAACAAUUGGAAAUUCGCUCGGCGUUGGAUUUCAACAAUAUCCUACAGGAAACGAACAUAAAUCAGCCGAAAAUCAAUCAAUUUCCGGAUCUGAUAUUCUUGAUAGUAAGCAACAUCAAUUAAAAUUAGAAAAAAGUAAUAUUUUAUUACUUGGUCCAACUGGAAGUGGAAAAACAUUGCUCGCGCAAACAAUAGCUCAAUGUUUGGAUGUACCUUUUGCAAUUUGUGAUUGCACGACACUGACACAAGCAGGAUAUGUCGGUGAAGAUAUAGAAAGCGUUAUUGCAAAACUACUUCAGGAUGCCAAUUACGUAGUAGAUAGAGCGCAAAUGGGUAUUGUAUUCUUAGACGAAGUUGAUAAAAUUGGUGCUGUUCCUGGCAUACAUCAACUACGCGAUGUUGGCGGAGAAGGUGUCCAACAAGGAAUGUUGAAAAUGUUAGAGGGUACGAUUGUGAACGUACCUGAAAGAAAUAGCUCUAGAAAAUUACGUGGAGAUACAUUGCAAAUUGAUACUACAAAUAUUUUAUUUGUUGCUUCUGGUGCUUAUAAUGGAUUAGAUAGAUUGAUUUCACGACGUAAAACUGAAAAAUAUCUAGGAUUUGGUGCAUCACGAUCUUUUGAGAGUCCAGGGAGAAGAGCUGCAAAUUUAGCAGAUGUUGCAAAUAUGUCACCUUCUACAGAAAAAGAUAAUAAAGAGAAAGAUGUAUUGCUUCAGCAAGUUGAAGCAAGAGAUUUGAUUGAUUUUGGUAUGAUUCCUGAAUUUGUUGGCAGAUUUCCAGUUUUGGUACCGUUUCAUACUCUUGACAAAAAUAUGCUGGUUAGAAUAUUGACUGAGCCGCAAAAUGCUAUGAUACCUCAAUAUCAAAUGUUAUUUUCAAUGGAUAAGGUAGACUUAACUUUUACAUCUGAAGCUUUAAAUGCAAUUGCUUCAUUAGCAAUGGAAAAAAAAACUGGUGCAAGAGGGCUUCGAGCUAUUAUGGAAUCACUACUCUUAGAACCUAUGUUCGAAGUGCCAGGUAGUGAUGUAAUGUCUGUUCAUGUAACUGAAGGGUGUGUGCGAGGACAAGAAAAACCACAAUAUAUCAGAAGAGGUGAUGUUACUGAGGAAGAAUUACAUGCUCAGCAUAUACAUAAUUAACAAAUAAUUCAUGUUGAAGAUAUAUUACAUAUUUGAUCGAUUUUUUAAGAAAAUUGUUCAAAAUUCACAUUCUGCAAUAAUAGUUUUUGAUCAAUAUAAAUUUGUAAAUAAUGUGUUGAUUGUAAUCUAUGUUUUUUUAAUGAAAAGAAACAAAAGAUUACAUCACACAAAUUAUAUAUAUGGCAAUUAUAAUUCUAUAUUAACUUAUUUCAUAAAAAGUUAUAGAUAGGUAAAUCAAAUCAAUUGUGGUAUGUAUUUUGUGUUCAAGUAAUUCGUAACAAUAUAAAAGAUUUUGUUACUGA